AUGAAGAUUGGCACAAGUUCUGACGCGAGAUCGGCACUGCUGCAAGAAGACUGGCGUCACUUGUUUGUGACCAAUUAUAUACGUUGUUCGGUUGGUGCCGUUGUGGUGGCCAUUUUGGUGGUGUGUGUUGGUUUGUUUUUGCCGGGAGGUGGUGGUUUUCAUGGUGGUAGUGGUGGUGUUGGCGGUGGUUGUGAUGGUGUUGUGGCCGGGGUAGUGUUUGUGACCAAUUAUUAUGGUGGAUCGGGAUCGGAUCCGCCUGUCGUUUCCACCACACUCGCUAGCUCCACCACACCAUCGGCACCACUAACGCUAGUACCAACUCACAAUCACCAUGCUCGACCACCUCACCAUAUCCAUAAAAUCUCUAAUACCGCUGCUACAACAACAGCCUCCACCUCUGUCGCCGUAGAUCUUCCAUUGUGGUGGGAAUGGAAAUCUUUGGUGGGUUCGUCGGUGAUGAGCUACUAUGGUGCUGUGGGUGCGGUGGUUGGGGUGAGUGGUGCAAGUGUGCGAUGUGGUACGGUGGUAGGAACAGAGAGCUUUGGAGAGUGCGAUGGUGGUGUAUUGACGGGAAGUGGUGGUGGUGGUGGUUUUGGUGAUGACGGUAGUGGUGCAGCUACUACUGGAGGCAGUGGUGAAAUGGUGGUUACAAGUGUUGGUAGUGGUCACAAAUUAUUUGGUUGA